CCUCAGAAGCAAGAAAAAUAUUCUCUUUAGCCUCUCUCAGAUGUCUCUGCUGCUAAAGUCCUUCCCUUUCCUCUUCCUUCGCGCCAGACCUCUUUCCGUUUUCCCCACCAUUGUUCUUACCAAAGCUCCAAGAGCUCUUCCCAGGAGCAACCGUGGCCUUUCCUCUGUUUCUGCUUCCAGUUUCCAGCCCCCUCCUUCUUCUGCUACUGCUGAAACCCCAAAUCCAAUACCACCUGUUACUCUCAACGACUCCCUGCAGUGGGUCUCCCGCACUGCUUUUUGUGGUGAAUUGUCCUCCGAUGCUGUGGGUGCCCGGGUUCGGCUUUGUGGAUGGGUUGCUCUCCACCGGGUCCAUGGUGGCCUCACGUUUGUCAAUCUUAGAGACCAGACUGGCAUUGUUCAGGUUACAACGCUUCCAGAUGAGUUUCCCGUUGCUCAUUCAACUAUUAAGGACUUGAGGCUUGAAUAUGUGAUUGCUGUUGAAGGUGUUGUAAGGUCUAGGCCAAGCGAGUCUGUCAAUAAGAAAAUGAAAACUGGCUCAAUAGAGGUUGCUGCUGAGCAUGUUCAAGUUUUAAAUGCUGUGAAAUCUAAGCUUCCAUUCUUAGUCACAACUGCUGAUGAUGCAAAGGAUUUUGUUAAGGAGGAAAUUCGUUUGAGAUAUCGAUGUCUUGAUUUACGCCGGCAUCAAAUGAAUUUUAACAUGAUCUUGCGUCAUAGUGUGGUGAAACUUAUUCGAAGGUAUCUAGAGGAUGUACAUGGUUUUGUGGAGAUUGAAACUCCAAUGCUCUCUAGAUCUACUCCAGAAGGUGCUCGUGAUUAUUUAGUGCCCUCAAGAAUUCAGCCAGGAACGUUCUAUGCUUUGCCUCAAAGUCCACAGCUUUUCAAACAAAUGUUAAUGGUCUCUGGAUUUGAUAAAUAUUACCAAAUAGCUAGAUGUUUUAGAGAUGAAGAUUUGAGAGCUGAUAGACAACCUGAGUUCACACAGCUUGAUAUGGAAAUGGCUUUCACUCCUUUGGAGGAUAUGCUGAAGCUCAAUGAAGAUUUAAUCAGGAAGGUUUUUCUAGAGAUUAAAGGUGCUCAGCUGCCAAAUCCUUUCCCAAGGCUUACCUAUGCUGAGGCAAUGGAUCGGUAUGGUUCAGACAGGCCAGACAUCAGAUUUGAUCUUGAGUUGAAAAAUGUAUCUGAUGUUUUUUCAGAGUCCUCCUUUAGGGUUUUUUCAGACACACUGAAAAAUGGGGGAAUUGUCAAAGCUUUAUGUGUGCCAUGUGGUGCUAAAAGUUAUUCAAAUACUGCUCUUAAGAAAGGUGAUAUUUAUAAUGAAGCGGUCAAAUCUGGAGCAAAGGGGUUACCUUUCCUAAAGGUGUUGGAUGACGGUGCAGUCGAGGGAAUUCCUGCAUUAGUAUCUAGUUUGGAUCCAACAAAGGGAGAGCAGUUGUUGAGAAGAUGCUCAGCAAGACCAGGUGAUCUGAUCUUGUUUGCAGUGGGUCAUUACAUAUCAGUUAACAAAACUCUAGAUCGACUUAGGCUCUUUGUAGCCAGUGAACUGGGUUUGGUUGACCAUUCCAGGCAUUCAAUCUUGUGGGUGACUGAUUUCCCAAUGUUUGAGUGGAAUGAUUCAGAGCAGAGGCUUGAGGCUUUGCAUCACCCAUUUACUGCUCCAAACCCUGAAGACCUUGGGGAUCUUUCUUCUGCACGUGCCCUUGCUUAUGACAUGGUUUACAAUGGUGUCGAGAUUGGUGGAGGAAGUUUGAGAAUUUAUAGACGGGACAUCCAACAAAAGGUCUUGGAAAUCAUUGGUAUCUCCCCUGAACAGGCUGAAGAGAAGUUUGGUUAUCUUCUUGAAGCUUUAGACAUGGGGGCACCUCCACAUGGAGGAAUUGCUUAUGGAUUGGAUAGAUUAGUUAUGCUGUUAGCAGAUGCAAAUUCCAUCCGAGAUGUAAUAGCCUUCCCAAAAACAACUACUGCUCAGUGUGCUCUCACACGUGCACCAUCAGAGGUGGAUACCCAGCAGCUAAAAGAUCUAUCACUGCAGGCCCUAUAAUUUGUCACAGGUUUGCAUAUCUAUGUCAAAAGCCAACUUGACAUGAAUCACCGUGACUCCAUCAUAAAACUCUGUUUCUUGUACAUUCUUUGGUUUUGGCUUUUAGAGAACUACCUGCAUCUGCAUAUUUGUGAAACCAAAACCUGACCAUUGCUGAUAAAACAUGACCAUCAUGUGAAUCUUCCCUGCAGAAACAAUACCAUGAAAGUGUAACUUACGUUCUGAUUCGAUUAAUAAAAACAAAAGUUUUCU